CUGAUUCUCUCUCUCUCUCUCAUGGUGCCGAACAUCAACAUCAUCAUUAUUCGACUGUGAUCCCACCAACAACCUGAUAAAUUAGCCAGAGGGUUCAGUUUUUGCUCAAAUUCUUUGUCGUUUUUCCCCCAACUCCGAUGGCUGAAACCCUAGGAACUACUGGCGGUUUCAAAGCGGGACCGGGAUCUACCACCGGACUGUCGGCUUCGGGUGGGAAAGUAGGUGGAACAAUGUGUAGGAGUGGUGAUGUGAAGAAGGGCAGUUUCAGGUCGGAGAUCGAUACUUCGGCGCCGUUUGAGUCAGUGAAGCAGGCAGUGAGUCGAUUCGGUGGACUCGGUUACUGGAAACCCCACAACAUCAAGUUCUCUGAUGCCGAGCAUGACGUGAAAGAGGUUGACAUUGUGAAACUAGAGGAACAGGCAGCACAGUUGGAGAAGGACCUGACUGUAAAAGAGAGGGAAACACUGGAUGUGUUGAAAGAACUGGAAGCUACCAAAACAAUUGUUGAAGAAUUGAAAUCAAAGUUACAAAAGGAAGCAUCUGAAAUUAAUGUGCCACUUGACACAAAUAUGGAUGAUAACAACAUGAGUAAUCCAGCAAAAGAGGGAGAUAAGGGGAACCGUGUGAAUCCAAUUUCGGAAGGUUUGAGCUCAUGCCCUUCUUCAGCACCAGGUUUUAUCUUAAUGGAACUCAAACAAGCUAAGUUGAAUCUCACCAGGACUACUAAUGAUCUUGCUGACAUUCGAGCUUCUGUUGGAUCAUUUAACAAUAAAUUAGAGAAGGAAAGGAUAUCUCUUGAAAAAACUCGUGAGAGGUUAACUCUCAAUUCCUCAAAAAUAUCCUCUCUCGAGGAGGAGUUAAACCAAACAAGACUAAAGCUACAGUUGGCAAAAGAUUCUGAAAUGAAAGUUGGUUCUGAUGAGGCUAUAGAUAUUUCGAAGGAGCUCCAAAGAUUGAGUUCUGAGGCAGAGCAAUUUAAAAAAGUGGGAGAAGCUGCAAAAUCAGAAGUUCUGAGAGCAGUUUCUGAGAUUGAACGGACAAAAACUAAGAUAAAAACAGCCGAAAUCAGUUUGAUUGCUGCCAGAAAAAUGAAGGAAGCAGCUAGAGCAGCAGAAGCUGUUGCACUAGCAGAUAUCAAGGCUCUCGAGAACCCUGCAACCUCGUCUGGAAACUACUUGCAAAAUUCUGACAGGGUAACACUUUCAUUUGAGGAGUACUCUUCUCUGACCUGCAAAGCUAAACACGCUGAAGAACUUUCUAAGAGGAGAGUAAUAGAUGCUAUGCUUCAAGUUGAUGAAGCGAACGUAUCAAAAACAGAAAUCUUAAAAAGGGUGGAGGAAGCUACAGAGGAAGUCAAAACUAGUAAGGUGGCAUUGGAAGAAGCUCUGAACAGAGUUGAAGCUGCAAACAGGGGGAAGCUAGCAGUUGAAGAGGCUCUUCGCAAAUGGAGAUCCGAUCAUGGCCAGAAAAGACGCUCUGUUCACAAUUCUACCAAGUUUAAGAACCCUUGCCCAUCACAGCAUCGAAGAGAGUCGCAUCUCCUUGAUGUGAACGGGCUGAAUCUGGCCAGUGAUGGAUCGACACCUGUGUUGAAGCCAACACUAUCAAUUGGACAAAUACUUAGCAGGAAGCUGCUUGUGCCAGAAGAGUUUGGACCAGGGAUGGUGGCAGAGAGAAGCUCUAUGAAGCGAAAGGUAUCACUGGGACAGAUGCUUAGUAAACAACAUGGUGAUCUACCACCUUCUACUCUACCUUCUACUCGGAAGGCUGAGAGGGAGAAUGGUCAGAAGCAGUUCUCUGCAAAGAGAAAGAAGUUUGGAUUUGCUAAGUUCUCAAUUCUUUUGGCAAAGCAAAGGAAGAAAAAGAAGCCAACCCCAAACUUGAGGUAAGGCAGCUAGUUAAUCAAGAUCCCAAUCAAGAACUGACGACUUCUAAUUUAUGUUUUUGCUGUCCUUAUUUCCUUGUAGUUCGUGGUUUAGAAUUAUGCUAAUUGCUUGGUUCAGUAUUGGGUGUCCCGGUCUGUACUUUGCCAUAUCAUCCUCGUUAUGCUCUGGUUGUAAAGCUGUUUGUUAUCUAUCAAUUAUUCUUGGCCAUCUUUGUGGCUUAUUAA